CACACACACAUUUAACCAUCAGCACUGUAAACCAACCAGGCUGCAGCCCCCUCCCCUGUUACACUUUCUUUCCAUAACCCUUACGUACCUCCUUCCCACCCCCUUUUCCUCUCUCUCUUUCUCCCUCUCCCUCUCUCUCUCUCUCGUUCACUCACUCACCCCUCACCACUCUCACCCCUCUAUUAAGUUUCAAGCGUCUCUUCCUCCUGAGCUGAACAACACACACCAAACAGAGGACUGGACGGAAAACAGACACCAGCUCUCCUGCACCGGCCUCCCUCUCCUCCCAUUUCAUCAUUACCUUACUUCAUAUCUGAUUAAUUGUAGCUCUAUUCAUUUAUCUUUCUGUCUAAUGUCAGUGUUCAGCUCAUUUAUUUUCACUCUUCAUUCUAAUUUCUCUCAAUUUACUCAUCCAUCAGAGGACAGUUGAUAGCUGUAUCUCCUCUUUUUCAAAUGAUCAAAUCUACAACCUAGCUUCCUUCCUUGCAUCUUGCCAUCUAUUAUUUGCUCCCCUUAUCUUAUCCUAAGUCUUUUUUCCCAUCCCCUGGUCCUCCUGGCCACUUAGGAUCAGCAUGUGGUCCAACUUCUUUGUGCAGCAGGAUGAGGACGGUCGGAUCGGGGUGGCAGGGGCUGGACAAGGUGGGGGACUGGGUGGAAUGAAGGGUGGAAGGGCACAGAGGCGAGUCCACAAGAUGAGUGACAGCCAGGAGGGGAAGAUCAAACUGGCUUUCUUUGUCGCCAUCAUUGGCGGGACCCUGACGGUUUUGGGUAUGGGGACAGAGUUUUGGGCGGUGCUGGCCCAACCAAAGAAUUUCAGCGGCAACCACACCUGCCAGAUGGCCCACUACGGCCUGUGGAAGGGCUGCAUCCGCACCCUGUGGGUGGCUGACAUAGACCCAGAGAGGACAAGCUGCGGCCCUGCUGAACUACCUGGAGAAUCCAACUGCACCUACUUCAAAUUCUUCACCUCUGGGGAGAAUGCAGUCAUAUUCAAGAAGACGACUAACAAGAAUCUGAAUCUUGCAGCAGCCAUCUUGGCUCUGUUGAGUCUGACCAUGAUGGUCACGGGCUCCAUCUGCAUCGCCAUGUCUCUGAGCAAGGGGGUGCCGUUCUUUCUCAAACCAGCUGCCUUCUGCUUCAUCCUGUCAGGUGUCCUCGUUCUCCUCUCUAUCCUGAUCUUCCACCAGUCAGUGCUGGCCUUGUUGUCCAGUGAUCACUCCAUACCUUUACACCAUGAGCUGUCCUGGUCCGUGGCCUGCGUGGGCUCAGCGGGAGCAGCUCUCAUUUUCGGAGGCAUCCUCUUCAUCAUCCUCUCUCUUCCUUUCAGCCCCUGGCAGAAAUGCUUGCCACACAAGAAUAGCACCACCUAGCACUUGAAUGCCAAAAUGUACAUAUAGUAUUCUUGAUGUUUUUUUUUUUUUUGAGAGUAAGUGUAAAUGUCCAUUUCCCGAGGGCUGCAACUCUCAGGUUGCUCUUGGCAUUUCAUUUGUCAGAGAAGUCAUAAGAGGUCUUAAUCAAACAUUUGACAAAAAGUCAUCAGCAACGAUGAGGAAUUCCCUUAGAGUUAGGAUAAAAAAAUAUGUUUUUGUGUUUUUGUUUAGUAGAAAACAGUUGGAGGGACUGACUUUUUUAGCUCUACGGUGUGCUUACUCCAACAAGAGUCUAAUAGACCUUUCUGCUAGUAAAUAUAUAGAUUUUUCAAAACUUCAGGCACAAAACUUCUUGUUGUCUUUUCGACAUGAAAGCCCAUUUCUGCCAAGUAAUAAUAAAACAUAAAACGUUCAAAUGGAAUGAUGGAUUGGAGCUGGGUCAUGGCCAACAAUUAAAUAAAAAUAAAAAUUCUCAUAUCAGUUGAACAAUUAUCACAAUAAAUGUCACAUUAUUGUGUUUCUUUCAAAUUUAAAGAUUGAUUUUUGCUGCUGAUUGAAGGUUGUGGUUUUACAAACUAUUCCAAAAACAUUUGAAUAAAUCUGAGAAGGAUCAAUUAUGUGUUUUAAGCAUUAUAUCGAUAUAUUGGACUUUGUUAUAUUGUUUGAUAUUGAUGACACUGUGAUAAUAAUUGAUAUUGUUUUAAAACUCACCCCAAAAAAACUAAUUCUGUUGUUUGUCCAUGCCCUUUAUAAAGACGCAUACUGCAGCAGCACUUUCAGAUCAACCCACAGGAUGAAACACUUUGUCAGAGUUGAAGAAUAAAUCUAUUUCAUCGUUUAUAAUUUUUUUUAAAUUAUUUUAUAAUUCUUCGGUUAAGGUUUGGUUCAUUUCCAGUAAUGUUGACCUUGGCACAGUUAAAGAAACAGCAAUUUAUGAUAAAAUCACUUCUCAUGGUUCAGGAACCUUCAUCAUUGGAGCUACAAUAAGAACUAUGAGGUAUAAUUGUAAUAGAUAAAAAAAAAAAUGUUGGCUGUUGCUUGGAAACAGGAAACAGUCAUCCUGUGGAAAAGUCAGAUAUUAGCUCGAUCCAUCCGUCCUCUCCGACCUCUUGCCUGUUGCUCUGUGACAUACACAUAAUUACCAUGGCUGCUAUAGAUCUUAUUCAAAUAUUUUUGCAUGCACAACCUUUUAUUACAUUUUUGUCUCUUGGCAGAAAUGGUCUUCCAUCGUUAAAGACUCCUAUGCACCAUCAGGACGUUUUAGAUAAUGUACCAAUCGAACACGCUGCUCGUCAUAUCCUCUACAUGUUAACUUAUCAAUAGAAUCAAUAAGUGUUGUUGAUAUUCUACACAGGUUUUUUUUUUUAAAACACUUAAUACUUGAUAAACAGGAUGCUUGUGUGUUAUUGUUUAUUACUCGUGUGUUUUACCAGUGUUGUGUGAAUGCUGCUUUAUUAUAUGAAUCUAUGAUGAAUGAAAUCAACUGUGAGAAGAGAUGAAAAUACAAUUUUUUAUCAGAGAAUCAUAUGGACUCACUUAAUAAGCUCAACUCUGUACAUAAUAAUAAUAAUAAUGGAUGUUUAUUUUGUGAAUGGUCACUGUUUGUUGAGUUGUGUCCGUUUAUUUGCAAUAUGCAGUAAAUUUAUUUUAUUUGUGUCGUUGGAUGCUCUCUUUUUCUCUCCACCAACAAAUAUUAUUUUGCGGAUUAUGCACUGCACUCAUUUCUAUUCAUAUUUAUCUACAGUAUGUGGCAC